CGCCUGCUCGUUAUUCGUCUCGGAUCGAGAUCGAAGGACCGCUGCUUCCGCCUCGCCCCACUCGACAGCAGUGGCUGUGCUCAUGCCGCCCCACUGCGCGGGAGUCGCAGACCCGAUUUCCCGCAGCUCGUUUGGAACGCACUAUCCAGCAACGUUGCGACCGAUAGAAUCACGGCAAUUCGUAGCGGCGGCUGCGCCGCCGUCAAUGCAGAAACGGCCGUCCCCGCUGCACCAACCAUCACCAUCACAGGCAGCAUUGAUACUGCCGCUGCCAUCUUCGUUGUCGCGGACCCCGUUAUCGCUACUAGUACCGCUACAGUCGGCUCCACCGUCGCCGUCGCCGUCGCCGUCGUCGUUGGCGGCGGCUGUAGCGCCACUCAGAUUGACCGCGCGAGUCCACGCUGCGAUCACAUGCCGGCAGGCCAUUCGCCGCGUGCCCGUGCGCCUGGUGUCGGUGGGCAAGCACCGCUCGCAAGGCACUCAGCUGCUGGUGAAGGACUAUGCGGAAAAGAUUUCCCGGUACUGCCCGUUUGAGGACCUGCCCGUGCGGUCCAACCCCAAGGGCACCAGGCAGUGAUGUGAGGGUGCAGGUGGAGGCAGAAGGGGAGAGGGUGAUGAAAUCACUGCACCCCACGGACUGGGUCGUGCUACUGGACGAACGAGGCCGGCCAGUGACAUCGGAACAGCUGGCGCAGCUGAUUGCUGAAUGUGCCGACGCGUCCCACCGUUCGCUCACAUUCGUGAUUGGAGGGCCGUACGGCCACGGGUCGCAGGUGGCAGGCAGAGCCAACGACAAGAUCCGGCUCUCGUCUCUGGUGCUCAACCAUGAGGUGGCGCUGCUGGUGCUGGCUGAGCAGCUGUACCGGGCGUGGACGAUUCUCAAGGGGGAGAAGUACCACCACUAACGGGCGUUCAUACCUAGUCACGGCCGGUGUUCCACUCCACGCGCCAAGUGACACCAGCAGUGGCUGGGAGCACAAAGAUGGUUGCAGGUCGUGUCUCAACUGGGGAGGUGCUGUACACGAGCACAAGUCAUGGCUGCUAAGCCGUACAAGCGAGUUGGGGUGUAUUUCCAGGCCUCAGGUCAAAACAAUGUCUAUCAGGGCUGCAUUUGUUCUGCAGCCCCUUCUCAAGGGACAGUGCCUGUAAUCUGUGGGGCAUUGGGAAGCUCGUAGAGAGUGUUCAAGUGAUGUACAGUGAUGUGCAGUAUGGCAACUCUGCAGUCGUGAUGAGGCCUGUUUCAAUCAUCUGCUCUGCAUGUGAUGCCAAUGAGCAACAACACGAUGUUGGAAAUUAUAUAAGAACUUAAGCCAUUUCCGGAGUCUCGCGUGCUGGCGGAGGUCGAUGAGCCAGGCGGCGAAGUCGAUCGCGUGCCCCUCAGCGUCCAAGCGAAGAACGACAUCCGCCAUCGCACAGUGUGACAGCGGCACAGCGACUCGGCGGCUCGGCGGCUUGGGGACACGGCGGCACGGCGGCUCGGCGGCUUGGGGACACGGCGGCACGGCGGCUCGGCGGCACGGCAGCUCGGCGGCUUGGCGGCUCAGGCGACGAGGCCGACUAGG